UUUGUGUCGAAUCGACAUUCGUUGAGAACGUAGGUUCCUCAAAGGCACUCAUGAGUGCUUGAGAAAAUGAGCGUUAAGAAACGCCAUGGUCCCGCGGCCUAUGAGCUGGUUCGCUGCAUUCGUUCGUUUAUUCGCUCUGUGAUCGUGCUGCGAGAAGCAACUUUCUUUCAGUGCCCCUGCGCUUCAUUUUAUCUAAGUUCUGUUUAAUUUUUGGGUUUCUGUUCGUUCAAAAAGAUUACCAACUCGUACUGUGUGGUGGGUUGUGCGGCUUUUAUGAAUAAGUAUUUAACAACAAUUUAUGUUAACAACUACAAUAGUGAAUCCUUCCAGAAGCGAUCCUCUGACAAGAGUAUAAAGUUUCGAAGUGAGAAAAUUAUUUGAAAAAAAAAAGCAAUGUGCGUCUGUGGUUUGAUGAUCGUUUCAAAUAAGUAGUGAUAGUUGUGUAUGGAAGUCUCAUAAAAUUGACUGGACCGUGUUCACAUAUGGAACGUCGCGAAACGGAUCCUUUCGCUUCACGCCGCUACCACAGUCUCUUACUGAGCUCCUGGCACUACAAACACUGAGUGUGUCGCCGUCCAACAACGGAAGUCGUUCCGGUGUUGUGCUUGAACUGGUGUCAUUUAUCGACGGGCAGUGGUGGCUAUUGUAGCAUACAUUCGACUACUCACCACUCUACCACGCGAUUCUUCAUCUAAACCCAACUAGUAUGCAGUUGGCGCUUGCUGCAAGCUUCGAUGCGAACGACCUGUCGGAGUUCAACCGAGCGCUUCGUAACGGGGCAAACGUGAAUCUACGCGAUCGUGACGCGCGGUACACGGUGUUCGAAUUAGCAUGCAAAACUCCCGGCAAGAAGCCUUUCAUCCGAGCCUGUCUGAAUCAUGGAGCGGUACUGUCGGAGAAAAACCCCGAAACCAGCGAGUAUCCCAUCCACCUUGCCGCGCUAUCCUUCGACAGUGAAAAUCUUUCCGAACUGCUCAGGGCCCCGCGCAUUCAGGUGGACCAAAUGUACGAAGAUCGGACGGCGCUGUACCUAUUGUUCGAACAGAUCGACAGCGACAAUUGGAAGCAUGUGUUUGAGUGUGUUAAGUUGCUGCUAAAGUACGACGCCAACAUAAACGCAACCGAUGAGAACAGCGUGUCACCGAUAGCUCUGCUAGUAACAGCUGGAUACGACGAUUGGAGAAAGGAAAUUCUUGAAUACUGUUUGCAGAACUACAGUGUGAACGUAGACUACCGGAGACAGCAGGCGAGAAAAGCGAUCGUGAAGAACUUCCCUGGCACGGACAUUCCCAUCUACGACAUGGAAAAGGUUACCUUGGAUGUGUUGCGGAACAAACUGUCCGCCGGAACGGAGGACGAGUUUCUUGCGGCAUACGAGAAGUACUGCCAGCAAAACAAUGGUCACGUGCCGCCCGAAGAAGAACGCGCUGAGCUGCUAUCCGUGGCCGUGUAUCAAGCGAAGCUGACCGCCGCUCAAAAGCUCGUUGACGGGCAGAUGGUAGAUGGCAAGUUUACCGGUAAUCCAAAACUACUUUCGGGCCUGCUAUCCAAGUGUUGUAAUAGGGGGAACGUGCAGAUGCUCGAAUGGUUGCUGCGAAUCAUACCGGAUGAAGAGGUAGCGCUAGUCAACAAGGAUCCUCUGCUUUCGCUGCUCGUGAAGCAGAUCGACGUGUACACGGACAAUAAGGAGAGUUCCUACAUCCGCAGCAUGCGCAUCUUGCUGAACGAUCCGCGCCUAGAUAUCGACAAGAGCGAUGUGAAGAAAUGUACGGCGAUGCAUUACGCCGUCAAGUACAAGAACGAUCACGCCCAGGAGCUGCUGCUGGACGAGGGAGCGUACAUCUGGGGCGAAAAUAUAUUCGGCGAUCUGCCGAACAGCGAGAUGGACUCGUCCCUGCUGGAGAAGCAUCUGGACUCGUGCGUCACGAACAACGAUCGGAAGCCGGGCGACGAGGACUACGAAGUGAGGAUCAGCUUUGCCAACUUUAUACCGCCGGCCCACAAUCCAAAUUCCGAGGACGAGAUGCGACCGAUCGUACGCAUCGCACAGUCACCCAAUUCUAAACAUCUGCUCUGGCAUCCUGUCAUAUCGAGCAUUUUGCUGCUUAAGUGGAUGAAAGUGAUCCACCUUCUCUACCUAAAUCUGGUAAUCUGUACCGUGUGUUUCGCUUCGUUUGCGACAUACAUCGUGUUUUACUAUGCGCGGGAAGAUACCAUUCUCAAACAAUUGCUGUAUUGCCUGUCAGUGUUGGGAUGUGUGUAUUUGAUCGUGCGUGAAGCGUCCCAGUUUAGACUAAGCCCAGGGGCUUACCUGCUAUCAAUGGAGAAUUUGAUGGAGCUAUUGUUAAUCGGUGGAUAUGUUGCAGUAUUGGCGCACGAGUCAGCCGAUGAGACAUGGUCAAUAGUGCUGGUUGGAGUGCUUCUGCUGCUAGGGGUGGAGCUUACGCUGCAAUUUGGCAUGCUCCCGGUGAACUCCAUUGCCACCAAUAUGGUCAUGCUGAAGACGGUUACGAAAAACUUUCUCACCUCUUUGAGCUUGUACUCUAUCAUAUUGGCGUCGUUUACGUUAAGCUUUUACACAGUGUUUAAGAUGAAGGAUAUUGCUCAGCUGCGAGAGACGAACAGACCCGAACAAGCGGCAGUUCAUAAGCAGGACAUUGAAGAUGAGCAUCUUUUCAAAAAUUUUGGUGAGAUUCAGCUGGCGCUGAUAAAAACUACAGUAAUGUUCACUGGGGAGUUUGAUGCAGCAGACUUACCAUAUAAAUCAUCCAGGUCCAUGUAUGUGCUGUUUCCAGCGUUUGUGUUCUUUGUAACGAUUAUCAUAAACAACCUGAUCAAUGGUCUGGCCGUCAGCGACACAACGACCAUUCGGGCAGAAUCCGAAUUAGUAGGCAUUAUGGAGAUGGUAUCCAUUAUCUGCCGAUACGAAAAGGCACAGGAAGGAUUUGAGUUCAUCCAUUCAACAUUGGGCAAAAUUAAGUUCCUCAAACUGGGAUGGCUGUUUCCUAAUUUGAAACUUUUUUGCAACGAGAAUCCGCUGCAUCAAAUUGUUCUGAAGCCUAGCGAUCAAAGCCUAUCCACAAUCCGGCUGGAACAGCAAAUCAUCAACACGAUUGAAAAUGGUGGAAUGCGAAAGAAACGUACGAGCAGCACAAAUAAUACGGCUGCAAAUAGUUCGGAAAUGAGAAAUGGCCAAGAAGAAAUUCAACUUAUCACUACGAAUGAAACUAUUUCCAACAUGGAGAAUGGUCAAGAGCGAACUAGACCUACUAACAAAAAUUGCCAGCUUCCGACGCAUAAAACCUAUCAGGCAAAGAGUUUACUUUACAAGCCUUUCAAGGAAAUGCUGAGCAAGAUAGUGACGAAAUCGAUCGAGAUUUUGAACUCCCGCCAAAUGCACGGUGGAUCACAGGCGCAACGCCUAUCGCGCAUGGAACAGAACAUGACAAAGAUCAUGCAGGAACUAAAGGAGUUGAAUGAAUUGGUACGGGGCAUUGGGAAAGGGCGACGUGGAGAUGGUAAGAAAAGCUAGAAUGUAACUCCUGAGAUAUGUGAGAACGGCCUGGCCGUAUUAUCAACUAUAGUUAAAUUCAAAAACACAAACCUCGCCUCACGGGUUUAAGUUGUAAAAUAUACAUGACCUUGGUUACAAUUCUUCAGAAAUACUUGCAAGGAUUUAAAUCUUGAUUACCUAAUGCGUUAUCUAAAGGUUAGUAACCGUUUGCAUCUAUCUGUCAAGCACAUUGCAUACUGUUAGGCGCAAACGCAUCAUGAUUUUAGAUCAAAUCUUUCCUGUCAGUUGGAAGAAGAGCUUCUCGCAAAUUAUAAAUUUGUAUUGUUUUGUGAGUAAGACACAAACGGCAAUCGAUACAAUCGAUAUGAAGCAUCUAGUUUAAACCGAAUUGUGACACGUCCCGCGAAGAAAAGUUAUAUGUGAUUCAAUAAAUAAAUAUAAUCGAAUCACAGAGCAAUUUUAUUUGCAAACUACCAAUCGCAGAAUUAAUUA